AUGGAUGAUCUGGUGGAGACAAAAGACGCGAGCAAAGCCACCACGCAUGAUGUGGUGGUGGAUGCAAUGGAAGACAUGGUCAAGGAAACCACAAGCAAAGCCACCACACAUGAUGUGACAGCAAAGGAAGAUGUAGAGGCGAUGAAAGAUGUGAGCAGUGCCGCUGCGCAAUGUGUGGCGGCGGAGACUGAAGAUGCGAGCAAAACCACUGCCAAUGAUGCGGUUGAGACGGACGAUGCAAGCAACCCCACGGCGCCGGCCACGUCGGACGAAGCAAACGCUUCAGAUGUUGUGACAGAGAUGAAAGAUGCAAAGGCGGGCAUAGCCGCCACAAACGAUGAUGUGGGUGCAGCGGAUAGCGUGGAUGCCGUGCAUGCAACGACCGUCGGCCAUGGCAGCCAGGACACGACCACAUGUGAAGCCACACUCCAAGCAGGACACUCGCAUCCUGAUACGGCUGUAUCGGGAACUGCCGAUGCCACCCUCCAAGCAAAUCCAGGCAUGAAUGUUGGGUUGUCUCCUGAGGCGACGCCUUCGGCAAGUGCGACUCCCAUGUGUGCACACAGCAACGGCCACAAGCCCUCCGUGUUUAGGCUGAUGAUGUGGCCGGUCUGGGCAGUCACAACAUUCGCUCGCUUUGCUAGGACCCGUGCUGCUGCAUGCAUUGCCAUGUUGGACAUGUUGGAGAAUGUGGCUGCAGCUCGACUGUGUCCGGUGCAAGACGUUGAUGGUGACAAGGCAUAUGCUGCGCGAGUGGCGCGAAUAUGUCGGUCGGUUGCCGAGCAAGGCAAUUGCAAACAUGUGGUGGAUCAAGCUAUGGCAGCUCUGAGUCGUGAGCAUGAUUGCAACUUGAUGGAUGUAUGUGACUCAGACCCAGACCCAGAUGUACAGUUCAUCAGUGAGUCUGUGUCUCAGGAGCGCACGGCCCAUUCUGAGCACUUGUAUCAACUGCUACAAGACAUGCGAGCAACAUCGCUGUCUACAGAAUUUUCCGGCAUUGACACUCCUGCUACGUCUUUCAUCAUGAUGGGCACAGCUAUCUGCGCGGAGCUGAACAUGGACAAAUCUCAUGUCCCUGCGCCAGCCAACAUGUCGGCGGUUGAGUGGUCUGCGCAGGCCCGAGAAGAGUUGCUUCGUCACCCACAUUGUCCACAGCAUGUCUUCGGGGAUAUGAAUGACUUCUGGCGUCCCCAUAUUGCCGCACAGCUGGAUGUCCUGGCAGCCAACGACACGGCAAUUAAUGAAGUACUGUUGCCGCUGAUGCGCAGGGGCGAAGCAACAAUCAGAAAAGCAUGGUGCUACAAGCACGGGCAGAUGUGUGAGGUCGAUCGUGCAGCUGAUUUACAUGUUGCAGGGACACCAUGCACGGAUUACAGUCAGCGAGGUUUGAUGAUGCGCGAGCAGGGGGUCACGUGGAAAGCCUUCCUCAGCUGGAUUUCUCGACGAUGGGAUUAUCAGGAAUCCCUGAUAAUCCAGGAGAACGUCAUUAAUUUCGACGCAUCAACCUCGGAGCAUUUCUUGGGAGCGAUAUACUUUGUAUCCGUGGCGCUGAUUGACCCCAACAUGUAUGGCAUGCCUAUAACGAGACCAAGACAGUACUGCAUUCUACGCCAUAAGUGGAAGACUGGUGCUGCACUUGCGCCAGUCAACGUGUUCGUGGAGAUGUUCAGGGCGCCUGUGAGGUUUGGCGAGUACAACCAGGAGCUGGCUGCGAUGGAGCCUGCUUGGGAUUCAUACUUUGGUUCUCCUGCCGAGGACAUUUGGGAAGAAUUGAUGUGGGCAUGCUCUCGACCUGAAAGCCGAGCAAAAGUAGAUGGGUGCGGUAUCGCCAGCCUGGAAGCCUUCAAGCAUGCACUCGUGAAUGAUGUUGAACUUGUUCGCAAGGCAUUUGAGCGUGCGUUGACGACAGUCGAGUUCAAUUUCCUGGCAGAGUACCGAACACGGAAGACUGGCGGUGCAUAUUCAUUGAAUCAAAAUCCCAACUUCAGUGCUACCAUGAGCGGAUGGUCGAAACUUCACACGCUGAUCCGCAAUGCUGGUAUUCUGUGGUAG